UCCACGUCUCCUCAACUCAGAUCUCCCCCAUUUCAACUCCCUCCUCCUCCACUUUCCCCCCCGCAUCGAGCAGCGAAGCGGCGAUGGCGGAGGAGCAGCCGCGCGCGGCGGCGGAGGGCGGCGGCGAGACGCUGAUGGAGAAGAUCGCCGACAAGCUCCACAUCGGUGGGGACGGGUCGUCGUCCGACUCCGACGCUGACGAGCGCAAGCAGCCGAAGCCCUCGGCGCCGCCGGCCCCGGCCGAGGUCGCAACGGAGUCGUUUGUUGAUUCGGCUGCUGCUGCCGCGGCCGAGGCCAAGGCCAAGGUGUUCCGCCUCUUCGGGCGCGAGGAGCCCAUCCACAAGGUCCUCGGUGGAGGCAAACCCGCUGAUGUGUUCCUAUGGAGGAACAGGAACAUCUCUGCCGGUGUACUAGGCGGUGCCACUGCGAUCUGGAUCCUUUUUGAAUUGCUUGGCUACCACCUCCUGACUUUCGUUUGCCAUGGGCUCAUAUUCUCUUUGGGUCUUCUCUUUCUCUGGUCUAAUGCCUCAUCAUUUAUUAACAAGUCUCCCCCGCGGAUCCCAGAGGUGAUUAUUCCAGAAGAUUUGGUUGUCAACAUUGCUCUAUCUACACGUUAUGAGAUCAACAGGGCCUUUGCCAAUCUUCGUCAGAUUGCUCUUGGCCGGGACAUCAAGAAGUUCCUUAUUGUGAUUGCUGGCCUUUGGUUGCUUUCUGUUCUUGGAAGCUGCUGCAACUUCUUGACCUUGGUUUAUAUUGUGUUUGUGGUGCUGCACACAGUCCCAAUUCUGUAUGAGAAGUAUGAAGAUCAGAUUGACUCAUAUGGUGAGAAGGGGUGGGUUGAGAUUAAGAAACAGUAUGCUGUGCUCGAUGCUAAGGUCCUGAGUAAAGUACCAAGGGGCCCCUUGAAAGACAAGAAGCACUAGGAAGAGGUGAUGCAGUGCCUCGUGGCAGGUGAUAGUAGUGGUUGGGUUGUGGUUCUUGAGAUGCACUGCUGUCACCUAUUGCCUUGUGUUGUGUAUGGCUCUUUUGUUGUCUGAUCUUGAUGGGAGUAGCUGAGUAGCUUGCGCUACGACAGUAUGCAGCUGCAGCGCAUGCUUUGCUCCAUCGCUGUUUGAUUUUUGAUCUGUAAGAUGUCGCAUGCAUAUUGUUUAUGCGAUAUUGUUUUGUUACUAAGAUUGCUGCAUUUUGGAAUUUGGUGAUAUUUAUGAACCAAUGUUGAGACUAGAUGUCAUCUACCCGUCAUUUUUGUUGUUGACGUUGGUGAAAAAUCUUGUUAUGAUUGCGCUAUUAAA